AAAGGAAUAAUAUCUUGCAUUUUCACCUACUAUUUAACUAUUGUUACACGCGAAAAUAGGAUGUCCUUUACUAGCAAAUUGUACACAAUGGCUGUAUUGAACACAUAAACACCUUCUAUAUAUUUUCAGCUCUUCAAUUUGGACCUCUUCCAUAUAACGAACUCUUGUAGGUUCUCUUGCUUUCCAUAAACUCUUGUUGUCUAUUCACGUUCCCACUUUUUCAAAAACUAAAAAAAAAAAAGAAAAGGUUGCGCGUUUGUUGCCAAUUUUUUUUUGUUUACCUUUUAUGGAAUCAACUCUUACAACGAACGAGCCACUUAUUAACCAUACUAUGUUCCAAAGUUCAAGCACCUAUGGUCAUAAAAGGCCAGAUAUAUCCUCUUAUCUCCAUUAUUCGCCUGCUAAUAGCGACUCCACGAUAGGACAUGAGACCUCUCCCAGUGAAUUGGUGAAUCAAUUGGAUAUGGCGGGAUUUUUAGAUAUCCCCAAUGAAACAGAAGCUAGUAGUACUGGGGCAUUAAACGGACACGAGUCGUCAUUUUCCCUUCAAUCAACACCUAGAAGUAAAGAUCAUGAGUCGCAAGUUUUGUUACCUAGUAACAUCCAAACCCCAGCUAAGGUACCAAAUAAUACCCAAACCCCAGCUAAGGUGCCAAGUAAUAUCCAAACUCCAGCUAAAGUCAACCCACUGAACCAAAAACUGGAAUUUGGAAAAGAAAGGGAAACACGAGCUGAAAUUGAAAGAAUUGCUAGGGAUGUAUUUUCAGAAUGGAAGGCCAAGGCAAGAGAAGAAAUAAGAGCUGAGGUUAGAAAGGAAGUUAUGAGUGAAUUACAAACAGAAUCUCCAAAGACGUCUGCACUAAAGGAAUCUGUGGUACCAGAGCAACCUCGUAUAGUUUCAUAUAAUACUGAAUUGAGUCUCAAGGGUGAAUCUAAUACAGCCACCACAUCUCCAAUGAAUUCUCCUAAACAAAAUCCAGUAGAUUUAAAGGAGAAAUUAAAUUUUGAAAAGUCAAAGAUAGAUACAGAAAAUCUUCAUAUACCAGCACAUGUAUUGCAAAUGAAUGAUCCAAACCAGAAUAGAAUCAAUAAACUUGAGAAUAAUCCACAACAGAUUGAAGAUUAUAGAACCACCAUUAGCGAUUUGAGUAAUGAAGUUUCAAAAUGUAAGGAUGUGAUUUCUGAGUUUAAACGGGAAAACGAUUCUUUGAAAUUGUUAAUACGAGGGUUGUACCUGAAGAUAGAGAAUUUGGAGAAUGCAAAGGAAGCAGAACGCAACAUGGAUCAUGUUAAACUAAGCGGAAAUACAAAUAAGGCUGACCCCAUGUACAGCGGAACUUCUCGCUUCGAUUCGGAACUGAAGGAAAUGCAUGAUAGAAUUACACAAACAGAAAAACGCAUGUAUAGUGAAGCAACACAAACACCCCGGAUCAUCCCACCAGAACACGGUAAACCUGUGACAGAUUUUAACUCAUAUCCAUCCGAGGUUCGUAGUCGACUUGCUCAUAUCAAUGCUCACAAACUAGAUUCAUUAUCAGAGGAUGAACUUCGCUAUAUACUACGAAACCUUAUGUAUGUGCUCAUGAUUGACUAUGAUGUUUUAGAGCCUAAAUCGAUCAAAUAUGCCAAGUUUAUCCUGAUGGCGUCCCGGUUUAUCGAUGGGGUGCAUGACCGACUCUACCCCAAUGGAGGGAUUUUGCGGACUGGUUUGCUAUUAAAAUGUCAAAGUAAUAAGAUGUCGGAUGAUAAAAGCAUGGAAAAAUUAAACAAUUGCUUGCAUGACAUGCUAGACAAUUUAGCCAAUUGAGUCAGAAUCUUAGCAGUAAUUAGUUAAUCUUGUCCUUAUGCUUCCAUAGGCGUAGUAAUUCAAACUUAACAAUGGCUGAAAAUUAAUGGUUGCUACGACAAUCAAUUGGGAUGGUGAAAAAAAAGUUCUCUUGAUAAAAACAAAAAUACACACCACAGCUGUAUACGAAACAUAUAAAAAUGACGACAAAUAUAUGCUGAUUAUUUCACGCUUGUAUAGGUAAUUCAAAUCCAGAUUAGCAUUCAUGAGCCAAUGU